ACAAAAUUGACGGAAAAAUAAGAGGGGGAAAUAAAAAUGACAGAGUUGCGUGAGAAAACUGAACCAAGAGCUUUCAGUCAGUCUCGAAAGCUAGACGAGAUCACUGAGAUCAACAGUGGAAGUCACCAACUACAAACAGUGACAGACUCACCUUACGCAAAGCCUAACAAAGCGACGAAGAGUAGUCCAAGUCCAUUACCUCAAGAGUCAAGUGCGGCCCAGGCACGAGUUCACAUUACAGAGACCCACACGUCCCAUCAAUAUCAACCCCAACAAGGCGAAAGUAGUCAUACCGUUAUUAAUAUCAAACAGAACCAGUUGGAUUCUAUGCUUGGUAAUCUCCAGGCAGAUAUGAGUCGACAGGGUGUUACGACAACACAGAAGGGAUGCUGCAGUGCUUGCGAAAAGCCCAUUGUUGGACAAGUUAUAACUGCCCUUGGAAAAACAUGGCACCCUGAACAUUUUACUUGUACUCAUUGUCGUGAAGAAUUGGGGACCAGGAAUUUUUUUGAAAGAGAGAAUCAUCCUUAUUGUGAGAAUGAUUAUCAUAAUUUGUUUUCACCGAGAUGUGCUUAUUGCAAUGGACCAAUUUUGGAUAAAUGUGUGACAGCAUUGGAGAAGACUUGGCACACUGAACAUUUCUUUUGCGC